AUGCAGCUGCAGCAUGCAGCGCCACAUCAGUCGACAAUUUCCCGUUGGUAUGGAGAAUUCAAACGUGAACGGGUGAGUCUUAGCGAUGAUUCCAGGGUGGGUGCACCAAAAACGGCAGUCACCCAGGAAAACAUCGAUGCUGUCAGCAAACUUAUCAUUGAAGAUAGACAUGUGACAUAUCGCGAUAUUGAGGCAGCAGAAAGCAGACACAGGGUUAAUUGGUGUCAAAAAACGCUUGACCGUUUCAAUUCCGGAAACUCAAAAAAUGUGUACAGCAUUGCUAGUGGUGAUAAAUCGUGGAUUUACUGUUAUGAACCAGAAAAUAAACGACAGUGGGCUGUUUGGGUGUUCCAAGGUGAAGAAAGGCCAACAAAAGUCAUCCUCAUCACCGAGCUUCGAAAAAUCAACCCCGAAAGAAGCAUCAUCCUCCACCAAGACAAUGCAAGCUCGCACACAGCCCAAAAAACAAGGCAGUAUUUAACGGAAGAAAACGUGGAAUUAUUGGACCAUCCUCCAUAUAGACCCGAUCUAAGUCCUAACGAUUUCUUUACUAUCCCGAAAAUUAAAAACAGACUGCGUGGUCAAAGGUUCCAGUCACCAGAAGAAGCAGUUGACGCAUUCAAAAAUGCCGUUUUGGAUCUGCCAGCAAACGAGUGGAAUAAGUGCUUCGAAAAUUGGUUCAAGCGCAUGCAGAUGUGUAUUAAUCUUCGUGGAGAAAACUUCGAAAAACAAUAAAGUCAUUUAAAACUACCUACCGUGUUGUUUUAUUUCCAUAUGCAAAACUUAAAAGACAUCCCUCGUAUAGUAGUAUCCCUCAUACUGGAGGGGGCAGGG